UAAAUACGCGCUUAAAUGACAACUCGCCGAUAAACAAAUAAACAGGUGCAUUCGGAGCAACGAGAAUAAAAGAUUAAAUAUCUUUAUCAUCAUUGCACGUUUUCAACAACUGGGCCACCUCGUUCGUAUCUGCCGUACCUGUUCAUACUUCUGUUGGAUGAUUAUCAAUGAUAAGAUUGUGGGGACAGAUACCUCGAACGAUGAGUACCUGCAAUUAUGCAAAUGUUACUAAGCUUAAGCAACUAUUCUUGAGUGGCGUGGAUGCGGUAAAACCAGCGACACUGUUUGCAGAAUACAUCAAUACGGCGAGCAAAAUCCACGAAAGUUUCAAUCACGAACACAAACGCUAUCAUGUGAUCGGUUUCGGAAAAGCCGUUCUAGGGAUGGCUGUGCAGAUGGAAAAUCUUCUCGGUAGUCGCCUUCGAAGCGGAUGUCUAAGCAUUCCACUUGGAACGAGCCAAAAAUUCGCAGGAGAUGUAGACUUCAGCCUAUCACCAAAUACCACGCUCGAAGUGAUCGAGUGCGCUCGUAACAACCUACCAGACGAACGAUCGCUGGUGGCAGCGAGCAAGAUAAAGCAAAUUGCACGUAGCAUGACGUCCGACGAUGUUCUAUGCGUUUUGGUGUCUGGCGGAGGGUCUGCUUUACUUUGUCUUCCGAAAGCGCCCAUCACACUGCCGGAAAAAUUGAAGAUAAUUAAAUCACUUUCCACAGCAGGCGCGUCGAUCGAGGAACUGAACUACGUACGGAUUGCUCUUUCGGAUGUGAAAGGAGGACAGUUAGCGAUGGAAGCCAGAAAAGCUUAUCGGGUUUAUUCGUACGUAAUAUCGGACAUUGUCGGUGACCCGGUAGCAUUGAUUGCCAGCGGUCCAACCGUUGUUCCGGAGGGUGUGGAUGUAAAUGGGAAAGCGAAGGAAAUUUUAAUGAAAUACCGGCUGUGGGAUAAAUUUCCGAAUUCUGCUCUAGAAAUAAUUGCGAGAGCGGGAGAUAAGGACGAUCAAAUUAAUUUAGAUAAUAACGAGCUGUUUUUACUGGGCAGCAACGCAGUCGCUGUAAACCGUGUUGUACAAAAGGCUCAAGAUGAAGGAUUGAAAUGUAUCGUUUUAUCAAAACAGCUGGAAGGGAACGUAGUAGAAUUGAGUGCCAUGUACGUUGAGUUGGCGGCAGUUUUAUACAACUUUAAGAAAGGUCUUUUGCCGGAAAAUGUAGUAACGGAUCAGUUAAGAACCGUGCUGUUGAAACUAAACAGUCCCGACCUAGAAUUGGAAGAUUUUGUUAGAAACGUGAUCGAUUCGAAAAUGGAACCUCUGCUGAUCGUUGGAGCUGGUGAGCCAACCAUAUGCGUUUCCGGCGGAGGAAAAGGAGGUCGAAAUCAGGAACUCGCUCUUCGAUUUUCCUACGGCAUUCGGAAACUGAGUCCGAUGUCCGAUUCGGUGUGUUUUCUGUCCGCUGGAACAGAUGGAAUCGAUGGUCCGACGGAUGUGGCUGGAGCAAUUGGAGGAUCGUUCGUAGCAAGAGAGUAUGAAGAAAAUUCACCGCACAAAGGAACAUCGUUUAUAGAAAAUAAUGACUCGCACAGGUUCUAUGAGGGCCUUAAAGAGGGAACUUAUUUUGUGAAAACUGGCCAUACCGGUACGAAUGUGAUGGAUUUACACUUAUUGUUGAUAGAUUUUUAAGGAAAAUGUAGGAAUAUUAAGUAAAUAAAAUUACUUUGGUUACAUUUUUAA